AUGGUGGAGGUGCCAGUCCACGCACACGCUCACUGUUUCUGCGACGAAGAUGAUGAUGAUGUGGAGAUUUAUGAUCAUGACUACGAUGGUCCUCAUGCCAAGACAGGAAAACGCCACCUCGGCAAGACACGCUGGACCCGUGAGGAGGAUGAGAAGUUGAAGAGGCUGGUAGAGCAUCAUGGUUCUGAAGACUGGAAAGUCAUUGCCAGCUUUCUACCUAAUCGCACAGAUGUUCAGUGUCAGCAUCGCUGGCAGAAAGUUCUCAACCCUGAACUUAUAAAAGGACCGUGGACUAAAGAAGAAGACCAACGGGUGAUCGAGUUGGUUCAGAAGUACGGCCCCAAACGUUGGUCUGUGAUUGCGAAGCACUUAAAGGGCCGGAUUGGGAAGCAAUGUAGAGAGCGCUGGCACAACCACUUGAACCCUGAGGUGAAGAAGACUUCCUGGACUGAGGAAGAAGAUCAGAUCAUCUACCAGGCGCAUGAGAAACUUGGAAACCGAUGGGCUGAGAUCGCCAAGCUACUUCCGGGCAGAACUGAUAAUGCCAUUAAGAACCACUGGAACUCCACGAUGCGGCGGAAAGUCGAGCAGGAAGGCUACCUGCAGCUAGCCGCUAAAGUCAGCCCCACUCCGCUAAAUAACAGCUACGUUAAAUCUCACCUCCUGAACUACAGUCAGACACCGACCAAUACAUCCAUGCCUGCCUCUUCCAUGAGCAAUCAGUAUCCGUACUACUCACUACUGUCUGACUCACAACGGGUGCCAUUUCCACUUGCUGUUCAGUUGAACAUCAUGAACAUUCCUCAACAUGGCACUGCUGCUAUCCAGAGACACUACAGCGAAGAGGACCCCGAGAAAGAAAAGAGGGUGAAGGAGAUUGAGAUGCUCUUGAUGUCAACAGAAAACGAGCUGAAGGGACAGCAGGCACUACCAAUCUCCAUGAGCGGCUACGGUGGGUGGAACAGAGGCUCUUUGACGGACAGCUCAGUUGGUGUGGUGGUUUCAGUCCUGGCUCCAUCCCUAGAGCAGGGAUGCCUUCCAGAAGAAAGUGCCCAUGGCAACACGAACAGCCCAAACAAUGACGCCAGCUCCACUUUACCGGAGUUUAUUGACGCUAUUGAUUCGUUCUUUAAUGCAUCAGUGAGCCCAGACUCAGACAGUCAAAACUUACCUGUCACGUCCUCGCCUGUCUGCUCCCAGAAAGCACUGCAGAAAGACCUUGCUCUUCGGCCUCAGAAGGAAAAUGAGCUGUUCAGGACCCCAAACCUGAGGCGUUCCAUCAUGGAGUGCUCUCCUCGCACACCCACUCCAUUCAAAUCCACACUGACAAUGCAAGACACCAAAUACGGACCAUUGAAGAGGGCCCAUAGUCCUUCACUGGACUCUGGAGUAGUUGGUGCUAUUAAACAGGAGCCUCAGGAGUGUGAGAUCAGCGUUGGGGGGGUGCACCUGGACCAGCCCCCCCUAAAGAAGAUCAAACAGGAGGUGGAGUCAGCUUGUCUGCAGUGGGAGGGGCAAGAUCUCCACACCCAGCUGUUUCCUUCCAGUGGCUCCGCCCACGACAUGCCUGAUCUGUUGACUAGCUCUGUGCUGAUGCUUCCAAACGCAGAGAAAACUGAGGAUGGACACAAAGCCCAGCUGCCCCACAGACCCAUGGGAAGCCCUAUGCAGCAGUUGAGCACAUGGGAACAGGUGCUUUGUGGGAAGACGGAAGAGCAAACGAUGCCCUCCGAAGCCACGCACAAAUACCUCAGCAAUUAUUCUUCGCGAGCACUGGUCAUGUAAAGAGACAGAUAGAAUGAGACCGAGACAAAUAUAGAAAAGGAAGAAGAGUGAAAGAAGACAAUCAUUCUGAAAAGAAGUAAAAGAGGAACACUCCUACACUUGUGGUACAUUAUUUGGGAGAGGCUAAAAGCCAUUUCGUAGACUGCACAGUCGAUGUUAGUCGCCAAUGUUUAAGCUGUGCCGUCAUUUGAUUCAAGCAACCAAAGACAUUUUUCAUGUUGUGUUUUUCUACCUUUUUUGAUUUCAAUUUAAUAAUAUUGUAUUAUAUAUUUUGUAUUAUAUAUGGGAAAUGAAUUCUCUAUGUGGGUUCUAAUUUUAUGGAUUUUAAUAUAAGGAACAAUUUGCAGUAAUUUAUUAUUAUUUUGUAUUAAGAAUAAUAAUUAGCUACGGUGGGCGCCUUUGCCAGUGUUUGACCCCAGUAUUGCUCACUUCUUAAUCGCUAAAUGUCUGUUAAUUGUAAGGAGUGUGUGUCCUCCUAGCAUUAUCAAAAUCAUAUACACCCAAAACUAGACAAGAUUUGUACUCCGUAUCUGUGGGUGUCCGACAGAACUGCCCUUGCAGAGAUCGUAUGUAUUUCAACCAAAUGCCUAACAGCACUGCUAUGUAUUCCUGGCCAAAACAAAAAGUGCCCAAUGCCUAAAAAUGACUUUGCCAAGUUUGAAAAUUCAAGUUUGCCUAAUGUAGAUUUUAGGUGAUAUAUCUAGUGUACAAAGGUACUCUGCCAGUUUAGUAGUGUUUCCAUUUCAAAAGCGUUCAAGAUCGAAACCACAAUGUCGAGCUUUCACUGUAUUAGCACUAUUUCAGGGUUUAGAUCAACUAUGCAGAGAUUUCAACAGAACAAAAAGUGUUUGGUUUUUUUUCCCCAGUUUUUGUAUUCGCUAAAUAGGAAAAACAAGGUUUACCAAGCAUUUUCAAAUCAAGGGUUUAAAUGGUCACAAAUUUGCCUUUGAGAUGAUAAAACAUUUCUUAAUCACGUUUUCAUAGACACUUUUUUAUGUCAAUUUGUAAUCAGAUUUACACUGGUAUUUCUAGUUUUUGAAACACUGAAAUGAUUGUUGCUUUUAUACCUAGUCGGCUUGUUUUUGAUAUUACAAUCAGCCUUUGAUACUAAGAUUGCAGUGUCCAAUCAAAAGCAUUUAGCAGUAACGUUUUUGUUAUUCGCUGCCUUUUUGUAUUAGCUUAAAGUACAAACACUUUUUUUUUACACUGAUUAUGAACUUUUCAUACGUUUUUUUAUACAAACUUUUAUAACUGCCUUGUAAAUAAAGUGUGUUUUGGAAAAAAUA